GUAUACCUCGUGCUGCCUGGCCAUGUCGCAUUUAAUUCUCGUAUGAAUACACGAGCGAGACAGCUCCCCGACCUGGGAAUUAAAGUUUCUGUGUGUCUGGUGGGCGUCUUUUGGAUGGGUCGUCCGGUGAACUCGCAGCACAUGUAGCUGUCCCCACUCGCGCGUCGGCAGCAAGGUGUGGAGAUGGAGUCCGUGGAGACGGAGACCAGCUUCUUGGCCCCCGAUUCUGGAUCUGGGACAUCCAAUGGGUGGAGCAAGCCGCCAUUCUCACCAGAUUUGUCGGGGUUUGCAAGGCAUCCGGGAGCCCUAUGCACAGUUCGAGAGGUCGCCGAAGAUGACCCGAGUGGUCGAUUUGCAGAUUUAUUAGAUACAGUUGAAGGUGUUCUACGCCCAGACGGCAGCGAUUCCGAUGAGAAAUAGGGCAGCCGGGCAGAGAACAUAUAUGUAGCGCUAGACGAUAAAGUUGGCUGGGUUAGCAGGAAACGGAGGCAAGUCUUGCUAGACGAAAGACCAACAAGUGCAGAUAGGGUCCCCGCGCUGGAAAAAGCACUAACCGGGUUUGCGGAUAGGGAUUCAGAAUCCGUGGUGACUCCGUCCGUUGGGCUGUCAGUUGACUCGAUAAAUGAGGCAUAUGAGUUCUACAACAUGUACUCUUGGGAGACUGGAUUUGGUGUUCGGUAUGCAAAGAGCAGGACCAAUGUAAAAGGGAUGAAAUGCAUGCAGGAGUUCGUGUGCUGCUGCUCGUUUACUUUUGCAGGGCAAACCAAAAGAAGCAAAUUCGAAAUCUACGCGAUGUCAAUGCUAGGCCAUGAUAAGGCUUCUCCGAACAGACAACGAAGGAUGGUACAUCAACGAAUUCAGGUCCAAUCACAACCACCCCAUGUUGAAUACUUGUGCUGAGAAGUUGCAUUUCCCAUCGCAUAGGCAUAUUGACAAAUACACUCGUGAGCUUGUUUCCCAACCGAGACAGAACAAUGUAAACCUGAGCAAGGUUUAUAGUAUAAUUGCAACAUUAUUUGGAAGAGUUGAGAAUGUGCCGUUCACCAAAAGAUGUUUAAGGACUCUGUGUGGAAAGCUUAGCAGGGAGCAGGCUCAUGAUGAUGUGCAAAAGACCAUGGCUAUUUUUUCAGAAAUGAAAGCGCAAGACAGCGAGUUCACGUAUAACGUUCAGGUAGAUGAUGGGUGUAGCAAACACAGUACCAUCACUUUGGUGACGUUAUCACCUUUGACACGACAUACAAGACAAACAUGUAUGUUAUGUCUUUUGGUCUGUUCGUGGUGGUAAAUAAUCAUUUUCGGAGUGUGCUUUCUGCGGGUGUUUUGAUGCGAGACGAGACCGAUGAUACAUUCAAAUAGAUUUUUGAUGAGUUUGUGAAGAUGAUGGGUGGUAAAAAACCAAUUACAAUUUUAACAGAUCAAGCUAGAGCCAUGGAAAAAGCCAUCGAGGAGGUGUAUCCUGAAGCCACGCAUAGUUGUUGCAAAUAGCACGUAUUGAAGAAGGCCAAAGAAAACCUGGGUGCUCACUACACCCAGAAGUCAGAUUUCAGUGCUGAAUUCCACAAACUUGUUCACGAGAUGCUGACUAUUGAUGAAUUCGAGGGCGGAUGAGCAACACUGCUUGACAAAUAUUCACUGAAAACAAAUCCAUAUCUCACGCAGAUAUACGAGACUAGGGAGAAGUGGGCAAAAACUUACUUUGAGGGGAAAUUUUGUGCUCGGCAAACCAGCACAGGCAGGAGCGAGAGUGCAAACCAUAUGUUGAAGCAGUAUGUCCCCCCGUCAUGCUCGAUGAAUCUUUUUGUCAAGCAAUACAACAAGCUCCAGUUCGACCGAGAGCAGGAGGAAGGCUUCCAGGAGAAACGUAUGAGACUGAGUCGUGCAGUGCUGAAGGUGAACACCGCUCUUGAAGUCCACGCGAGCAAGAUACAUACCAGGAAGAUGUUUGAAAUUUUUGGAGGAAUACUGUAUGAAUCUGGAAGGUAUGAUGUCGAAGAAAUCAUAGAGAAGCAGAAAUACAUAGUGACACACCAGAAAGCUGAGCACCAUGAGAAGUGGUUCAAGUGUCAUUUUGAGAUACCUCCGAGGCACAUAUUGAAAAGGUGGAGCAUACACGGGAGAGACAACCUGCCGGGGCACCUGAACCACUAUCAACAAGACAUGGGUCCGCCGGAUGCGCCCACUUUCAGGCAUUCUGCUAUGUACAUCACCGCCCUGGAGGCUGCAAAUAUGGGAGAUAGGAACCCGGCGGCUUUUGAGUUUAUGAUGUUGGGCCUGUUUGAACUUAGAACAAGAGGCACCGAGGUAUGUGCGUUCAAUGACGGCAUGGGCGUCGUUGAGCAGGUAUCCCACAAUGUUGUUGCUGGAGGUCCGAAGUUAAAGUUGGUCGACGACAAGACAACUUGCUCAGUAAGAAGUGUGGAAGGCAAUCACACUCAAUCACGCGAUGCGACAUCGGUGUAUGUGCAUCCUCCAAUGAAUCUGGCCUCAGAAGCAUCAUGCCCAAAUGGUGAUGGGUACAAUUCGGAUUUCUCCGAAGCCGCGUCACGUCUAAUGCCCAAUGCUGAACAAGAGUUGCUUGCACCGGAAAGAAACAACAAACGAGGCCGACCAACCACUAGUAGUGACAAAGCUCCUUAUGAGAAGGACAACGCGAAAAGGUCUAGGUUAUGUUCCAUCUGCAGGGGAAAGGGCAUAAAGCCAGCACUUGCCCUGAUCAAGGUGACAUCCCCAAAAAGGAAAGGAAGGCGGCCACAUGCGGCAAAUGCGGGGUUCCAGGGCACCGAAGGACUACUUGCAGCAAGCCUCUCGUCUCGAUGAUGGCCAGUAUCCCUCCUAUACAUUACAUGAAAGAAUGUGUUGCGCUGAUCCCCCCAUGUACCAUUUGCUUAUGUAUGUGUCAUGUUGACUGAACGUUUUUAGAUGGACAUUAUCCAAUCCCCAGUGUUUUAUGUAAUCUUAUCCAGCGUGGUUGAACGAUGAAUAUGUGUCUCCAGUUGGCUAUGCUGUAUCGAAUUGUAUGGCUGAAAGCCCAAAAUCAAAGACUCCUACAAGUCUGCCACUGUUUCGAAAUGCAGAUAGAAAUUCAUAAA